AACAGUUUUGUUAGUUAUUGUUGAGUCAAUGCUAAGUCUUCUUCGUCAUUUCAUCGUAUUUGUAGUGAUCCUUUGACCAGCUGAGCGGAAGCGCGACUACGCCGCCACUGUCAGGAUUUUGCCGAUAAAGAUCUGAAGAUUCUGGAAGUGGGGGGCACGUCCAUGGCGUCACUAUGCGGACCGAUAGGGAAUACUGCUAACAUUGCGCAGCUAGUGGGACUCGAUGCCGUGAGACUCAUCGCCCUAAUUGUAAAAGCCGCCGCUAACGCACGAAUGCACAAAACCAAGUGCAAGGCCUUGUCCGGUUACGUGCAGAUGAUCUGCGACCUAAUAGAGCCGUUCAAUCUUUCGGAUCUGAAUGAUUCCCCUGCGACGAGCGCGCCAUUGAAGCGGUUGGAGGAUGAGCUAAAGAGGGCGUACCUCCUCGUCAAGAGUUGCCAAGACCGCAGCUUUCCUUAUCUUUUUAUAAUGGGGUGGAAGAUUGAGCGUCGGUUCAGGACUGCGGAGGAAGAGAUCGAUCGCUACCUGAAGCUUAUUCCAGUCAUCAAUCAAGUAGAACUCCGUAAACUGACGAGGGAAAGAAGAGGAUCGGCUAGAAAAGAUCAACCUCAAGAUUCCACCUAUGGAGACCCUGUGCAAAAUGCUCCAUCAAGUUCUGGACUAUCAGGAAGGGUAACAAAUAGAAACCAUGGGGUCAAAGAUGCAGUUAGUCAAAUCUUCAAAUCUAGAAAAAGUCUCAAAGAUCAAAUAAAAGUUGAAUCUAACAUGGCUGAAGUUAGUCAGGAAAGACAACCCCGGAUCUUCAGGCUCCACGAAUUGUGGGUGGCCACAAAUCACUUUGCAGUAGAGAACAUUAUUGGGAGAGGAGAAUUCACCAAUGUGUACAGAGGAAUAGUGGACGACAAUAUUCCUGUCGCUGUUAAGAAAUGGGAAUCCUAUGCAGACGGUUUACAGGAGUGGGAGAAUGAGAUGAAUGUUUUAGGCAAUAUGAGACAUCCUAAUCUUAUCAAGCUCUUGGGCUGCUGUAAUGGAGACAAUGAGAUUAUUCUUGUCUAUGAGUUGAUGAAUAAUGGAGACUUGGAACGAAUCUUUGAUAGAGGUGAUGAACCACUGUCGUGGCAGCAAAGGAUUAAAAUAGCAACGGGUGUUGCUGGAGCUCUUGCAUUUCUGCAUACACCAGAGAAAAACAUCAUUCAUCGUGUCAUCAAACCGUCUGUCAUCCUUCUUGAUUGGGAGUUCAAUGUAAAGCUUUCUGGCUUGGGGUGUUCGAGGGAAGGCCCAACCGAUGGAGCAACUGAAGUGUCAACUCAACUCAUGGGCACAGCUGGAUAUGUAGAUCCCGAGUACGCCAUGACUGGUCAUCUGGAUGCAAAAGCUGAUGUGUAUGCAUUUGGGAUAGUAAUGCUUCAACUGCUUUCUGGCCUGAAGGUGUUUGAUCGUAGCCGACCACGUCAUAAACAACACUUGGUCUCGUACGCUUCUGACUUCAUUUAUGUUGAAAGGAGGUUGCAUAAAUUCAUGGAUCCAAAACUUGGCUGUGAAUAUCAAUCGAAGCAUGCUUUUGAAUUAGCGAAACUAUGUGGAUCGUGUACUAGCAACUCUGGCAAUAGCCGACCUGAUAUGAAAACUGUAUUGGAGGUCCUUGAGAGCAUUUGCCCCAGUACAAGUUGAAGCUUGCCCUGUAUCUUAGCCUUCGGAGUGAUCAGAUGAUCUUAUAGUGGUCAUCCAUUUAAAUUCAUUUCAUCUACGCAUCAUAGAUGUAGAUGUAAGCUUAUACAGCGAGGAGGAUUCAUGAACAACUUGAAAUUUCUUACAAGCUUAUGCUGUUUAGGAUUGAUGUGCAAAAUUCCUAGAAGUUCCAAGUUGAUGAUCACUUUGAUUAAAGUAACUAAUCAGGACUCUAAUGUCUGUAUUAGGAUUUUGUAAUGGUGUAUGUUCCUUGUAGACAUCUCAGUGCUUGAAUUUUACUAAUAAUGAAUAUAGUGGAUUUGUUCCUAUA